CACACACACACACACACACAGGCGAAGUGCGGCGCUGGUGUUGACUGUCCGCGAGUGGAUUCUGCUUGAAUAAUAUUCCUGACCUACAUCUCUGAGACAGGCCUGCACAUCUGCGCAAACAUUUUGGUCGAAACGGCGAGCGCGCGGAACGAAACGGCAGGCAGGAUGAGCAAAGUCCAGGGCGGCAUGAAAUGUGUCAAAUACCUGCUGUUCGUCUUCAACUUCAUAUUCUGGCUGUCAGGCUCACUGGUGUUGGCUGUGGGAUUAUGGUUGAGGUUUGACCCAGACACGGACAAGCUCUUAGCCGAGAAUGAUGCUCCUGAGCACUUCUUCAUUGCGGUGUACAUCCUGAUCGGAGCUGGAGGCGUCAUGAUGUUAGUGGGGUUCUUCGGCUGCUUCGGGGCCGUGAGGGAGUCGCAGUGUCUUCUGGGAUCGUUCUUCGCUUGCCUUCUUGUCAUUUUUGGCGCAGAGGUCGCUGCUGGAGUCUUUGGCUUCCUGCAUAAGGAUAAGAUCGUUCAAGAUGUCCAAAACUAUUACCAGUCUUCUUUUGAAAGCAGCAAUACGACCGUGGGAUCCAUUUAUCACAGCGUGCUUGACUGCUGCGGGUCUGAGUCCUCUUCUCGCCCGUGCACUGGUGACAGUUCUGUCAAGGAUUGUAAAGAAGCUAUAGAAGAAUUCUUUAAUGAAAAACUCUUCAUAAUCGGAUAUGUUGGCGUCGGCAUUGCUGGAAUUAUGAUAAUUGGUAUGAUCUUCAGCAUGGUUCUAUGCUGUGCCAUUCGGAACAGCAGAGAAGUUAUUUAGGUUCCUGGCGGUUCCCCUCUCACCCAGUUGGACUGUUUCAAAGCCCGCCGUCUUUGACCUCAUCAGACCAUCACAUUCAGGCUCGGGGAGACGGGUGGAGGAGCUCCCAUGAGGCAGUGUGGGUCUUGUGAACGACGUUCUAUCUCUGAUUGUUUCUGUCUUAUGUUACUUGCAUUGUUUGAUGAUGACCUCCACUGCAUGGACCGCUACUGUAACCACAUUAACCUUUACGUUUAUUUUGUCUUUAUUACUGAAUCAUCAUGAGGGGAAACUUCACAGUGUACAUCUUUUUUUGUCUUCAGUUCAUACUUUCACAGUGAACUGGACAUUCACUUGCUUUUGUAAAUAAGCUCCUCUGCUGCCUCACUGAUCAACUACUUUUUUUAUGUUAUUUAUUGUGUGAACUAGACCAGGUUUUUAUGCUAAUAGAUAAUGGGUCGUGUUUGUGUUUUGCUGGUUAAUAAUAUUUGGUUAUUGUAAUUUUGCCACAUCGUAAAGAUACAGAAUGAAGCUGAGCGGUGGAUUGAAUCAACAAAGUCAACAUGAACUCAAGUCAAUUUAAUUUUUAUAACAUUUCAAGUUUUAUUGUGAAAGGCUCAUCAGUGCGUGGUUUUAAAAAAUUAAACAAUGAGCUUCAUAAUUUUUUUAUCAAAGCUUAACUUGCUCUUUCUCUGAAACGACUCUUUGACCUUGUACCUACAGUAUGUGCUAUUGGCUAACCAAAAACAUCACUGUUUAGGCUACUAUCAUAGGCCAUUUUUUAAAACAAUGCCAGUAGUAAUAUAAUGUUGAUUAAUAGUAAAAUAUUAGCAAGAGUUGAGAGGAAGUCAAUGUUCCAGGCAAUUAAAACCUUAAAAUUGUUUGAUUCAUGUUGACUUUAAAAUAUCACUGGUUAAUUUUUUUUAAUUUUUUGGUGAUGCAUAUUACCUUCUUUACUUGGCUGAUUUUGAAUCUGUAAAGUUUAAACCCGUUUUUAGAGAUCAAAAUGUAAUUUGCAAUACCACUGUAAAAUUGAAAAAACAUUUCUGAAGUAAAUCUUCUUAACCAUU